UCCACCGCUUCAUAUAUGGUGAUUCUCAUGAGCUGUCUGUGCUCGCUCAUCACCCCCCCUUCGCACACCAUCACUGCGUUAUCGGGUAACCGAGUCUUCAUGUGCUCAAAAUGCAAAUGCCACCGCCCCUGGUGGCCAUUUUGCCGCCGCCGAAUCCUCAUGAUCACCAUCGCCAUAACAAUUACGGUCUCCAUAACUGCCACCGCCACUCUCACCGCAAGGGCGGUACUACGUCCGCACAAACCCAAGAUCACCCUCCAAGACAUCACCGUUUCCUCGCUCAAUGUCUCCGUUACCGCUGAUAACCAAACCUAUCUCCUGAGCUCCACCUUCCAGCUCACUGUCUGCUCUCGCAACCCUUCUGGCAACCCCCGCUCCAUCCGGUAUGAUGACCUUCACGUCCACGUGUCUUACCAAGACCAGCAGAUCACGCUCGCGACACGCCUGCCUCCGACAUAUCAGGGUCGUGGAGGCGUCGAUGUGUGGUCGCCAUUUGUGUAUGGGGUUUCCGUGCCCAUCGCUCCAUACAACGCCCUCGCGUUGAACCAGGACAUGAGCAACGGAUUUGUCAUGAUGAAGGUGAAGCUCGAAGGACACGUGAGUUGGAGGCCCGGGAUAUUCACAGCCAGAGGCUUCAUUUCAGUGGAUUGCCCUGCAUAUAUCAGCACAGGGAGUGAAAACAAAGGAGUACCACUUGGUAUUAAUGCAGUUAAGUAUCGGCUGAUGCAGAGGUGUGGUGUUAGCCUGUGAAAGAAAAGGACAAGCACAAGUUUUAUGCCAAAUCGAUUCCUGUUCUCGUUAUUAAGUUAACCUUGUUGUCUGAAAUUGUCGGAUGGCCAGAAUGCACAUGUAACGCUACCUAUCGUCACCUUUGUUGCUAAUUUGCUUGCGCAUAAUAAA